CACUUCCUCAUGCUUUUCACAUUUCUAGCUUUACCUAUAUUUUUUUCCAUCUCUUUUGGGAGCUUCCAUUCGCAAAUUUCGAAGUUAGGCUUGAAGAUGGCUUGAGGAAAUCUAAUUUCAAAGUUAGGGUUUUGGAAGCGCGAAGCAAAACGAUGAAGAUUAGUGUUUGCGUUUCCAGGCACAUACUAAAAUCGGCAUGUGGAGGACUAUCCCAUGAUUCAUCCCCUUCCUCCAACUGUCCAAUUCAACCAUCUCUUGAAUACCAUUGUGAAGAUGGGCUGCUACAGUGAUGUCGUCUCUCUGUUUAGGGAUAUCUUUGCAUCUGGAGUUGUUAUAGACAAUUGCACCCUGAACAUUGCCGCCAAUUCCCUUGCCCGUUUGCAUAGAACGGACUUGGUUUUUGCUAUCUUAGGGAACCACUUGAAGCUGGGUUUAGUUCCCAAUGUGAUUUUCUUCAGCACCUUAAUGAAAGGGUUGUUCCUCCAAGGUAGGGUUCACGAUGCUAGUUGGUUGUUUCAGAAGUUACUGAAUGAGAAACUUUGCGAGAUAAAUGAAAUCACAUUACUAAUACUAAUUGAUGGCCUCUGCAAGGCAGGACACACUGGCAAGGCUAUUAAGUUGCUUCAUUUGUUUGACGAGAAAGGAAAUUGCAAGCCUGAUGUAUAUGCAUAUAACGCCAUUAUUGAUUCUUUGUGCAAGGAUAAAAUGAUGGACGAUGCCCUUGCCCUGCUAACCAAGAUGAGGGAAAAGGGCAUUCCUCCUGAUGUUGUCACCUACAAUUCCCUAAUUCAUGGACUAUGUACAUUGAGUCGUUGGGAAGAGGUCAAGGAGUUCUUGAAAAGAAUGGCGGACUCUAGAAUUCCUCUUGAUGUCCUUACAUACAACAUAUUGGUUUGUGGGUUUUGCAAGGAAGGAUGGAUCAACUAUGCCGAAAAUAUCAUAGAGACAAUGAUUAAACAAGGUGUAGAUCCCGAUGUAGUUACGUACAAUGCUUUGAUGCAAGGAUACUGCUUACUAGGAAAGAUUGACAGUGCAUCAGAGCUCUUAAACACCAUGAUUCAAAGGGGAUGUCAGCCUGAUGUUCACACUUAUAGUAUUCUAAUAAAUGGGUAUUGUAAGAGUGGGUAUUUAGAUAAGGCCAUGCUAUUGUUAGAGAAAAUCCCUACUAUUGGCCUAAAACCAACAGUUGUUACCUACAACAGUAUGUUGGAUGGCUUAUUUCAAGCUGGGAGAUUUUCUGAUGCCGAGAAGCUUUUUAACAAGAUGGUAGAAAAUCAAGAAUAUCCAAAUCUUGUCACCUACACUAUUAUUUUGGAUGGCUUCUGCAAGAACGAUCGUGUUCCUCAAGCUCUUUCUUUACUGAGGAUGAUGGAAGCUAAAAGUCCUAUCCCUGAUAUCAUUAGCUAUAAUACUGUCAUAAAUGGACUCUUCAGUGUUGGAAAAUCAAGUAGUGCAAUAGGACUGUUCAAUGCUCUUCCAUCUAAAGGUCUGCUGCCAGAUAUGAUAAUUUUCAGAAGUAUGAUCAGUGGGCUUUGCAAAGAAGGCUUGCUAGAAGAUGCAAAAGGCAUGCUCAUGAAAAUGGAGAAAAAUGGUGUGAUGCCAGAUAGCUUGGCAUACAAUGUACUGAUCCGUGGGUUACUGAAAAAGAAUGAGCAUUGUGAUGCUCUAUUACAUUUAGAUGAGAUGUUAAAACUUGGAUUCUUGCCUGAUGAUGUAACUUGCGAAAUUUUACUGAAGUCAAUCUUACGAGAAGGGCCAGAGUCCACUCUGCUGCAUAUGCUUCUGAAUAUCAAAGAUAAUGACCAAAAGUCCAGAUCUUGAGUGUUUUCUGGCAGUCCUGUGGUUAACUGUAGGUUUAACUGUGACUACUUUUAAAGUGUAUUUUAUCACCACCAUUCCUGAAUGGCUGUUUCAUUUUUAGCUUUAGGUUGCUGAGAUUAAUUAUACAUGAAUUGAGUUUAAUUCGACUGUGAACUUGAAUGGUGCCGAUUAUGUUACUAGCAAGUGGAAGACUUUGCUGCUUACUCUGUUCAUGU